CUGGAGUGCCAGUGGCAUGAUCUCGGCUCACUGUAACCUCUGCCGCCCAAGUUCAAGUGAUUCUCCUGCCUCAGCCUCCUUAGUAGCUGGGACGACAGGCGUGUGCCACCAGGCCUAGCUAAAUUUUUGUAUUUUUAGUAUUGACUGGUUUCACCCUGUUGGCCUGGAUGGUCUCAAUCUGAUCCGCCUGCCUCGGCCUUCCAAAGUGCUGGGAUUACAGGAGUGAGCCACUGCGCUCAGCUUCAAGGCCUCAUUCUCACAUCGUCAAACAGGCUGGUGCACCUACCUAAAGGCAUCUGGAGCUGGGCCACAGCACCCGGCUGAGUCACACCGGCCCGGCCCUCCCGGAGCUCUGCGUCCCCGAUCCGGUCCUGCAUAACUAAAUACAGUAUAACAAAGUGCAGAUAACCGGGACAAUGGGGCUGUGUGCUCCAGACCGUGGGAGCCCUGGGCCGCUGCAGGGGGGCCGAGGGAGGAAGCCGCAGGGCAGGGCAGGGCCGGGCUGUGCAGGGGGCAGCGCCGUCCCAGCGUGGGGGAGUGCGGGGGCGGGAUUGCAAAACCCUAACUUGCCCAGGAUCAGCUGGGGCCACAGAGAUGGGCCCUGCACGGGAGGCCGCGGCGUCCGGUAGCUGCAAGCUGGGAAAGCCGAGGCUGGGCGGGGGUCCGGGCAGUGGGAGCCGAGUCGGAUCAGGGAGUGGCUAGUAACUCGGCGGCUGAUUGGACACGAAGAAGAGCUCGGGGUGGGGCUGCGAGGGUUGGGGUCCGGACCCGGGGCGCGGACCCUAGACCACCUAGAACUACACCCGGUCGGCGCGAGGUCACGGUGGGAAUUCUCGGGUCGCCCGAAUGACUCAGCCCCGCAGACUCGAAACUGCGGGCGCGUGAGGUGUGCAAGAACCCGGGUUGGGGGUCCCCGCCGGAAAUAGAGAGGGGCGACCGAGGGGCCGCGAGGCGAGGAGGAAACUGGAGGGUUGCGGUUCCGGGCGACUCCGCCCCCGACGCGGCCGCGGAGGCGGGGCUUCCCCAGGUGGCGGGGCGGGGCUCCCCAGGUGGCCGGGGCGGGGCGCCGGGGGAGACCCCGCCUCCUGUGCCCUCUCUGCAGCCCGCGCCGGGCGUACCCGGACGCUCCUCCGCUCCCGCCGAGGUUACCGGGCCAUGGGCCUGGAACCCUCCCCAACCCCCCGCGAGCCUGCCUCGUCUGCAGCGUGACGGGUGGCCCAGAUGGUCACCAUGGGCCAGUGCUACUACAACGAGACCAUUGGCUUCUUCUAUAACAACAGUGGCAAGGAGCUCAGCUCCCACUGGCGGCCCAAGGAUAUAGUCGUGGUGGCACUGGGGCUGACUGUCAGCGUGCUGGUGCUGCUGACCAACCUGCUGGUCAUAGCAGCCAUCACCUCCAACCGCCGCUUCCACCAGCCUAUCUACUACCUGCUGGGCAACCUGGCCGCGGCUGACCUCUUCGCAGGCGUGGCCUACCUCUUCCUCAUGUUCCACACUGGCCCCCGCACAGCCCGACUUUCCCUUGAGGGCUGGUUCCUACGGCAGGGCUUGCUGGACACAAGCCUCACGGCCUCGGUGGCCACACUGCUGGCCAUCGCGGUGGAGCGGCACCGCAGCGUGAUGGCCGUGCAGCUGCAUAGCCGCCUGCCUCGUGGCCGCGUCGUCAUGCUCAUUGUGGGCGUGUGGAUGGCUGCCCUGGGCCUGGGGCUGCUACCCGCCCACUCCUGGCACUGCCUCUGUGCCCUGGACCGCUGCUCCCGCAUGGCACCCCUGCUCAGCCGCUCCUAUUUGGCCGUCUGGGCUCUGUCGAGCCUGCUUGUCUUCCUGCUCAUGGUGGCUGUCUACACCCGCAUUUUCUUCUAUGUGCGGCGGCGAGUGCAGCGAAUGGCGGAGCAUGUCAGCUGCCACCCCCGAUACCGAGAGACCACGCUCAGCCUGGUUAAGACUGUUGUCAUCAUCCUGGGGGCGUUUGUGGUCUGCUGGACACCAGGCCAGGUGGUGCUGCUCCUGGAUGGUCUGGGCUGCCAGUCCUGCAAUGUCCUGGCUGUGGAGAAGUACUUCCUCCUGUUGGCCGAGGCCAACUCACUGGUCAAUGCUGCCGUGUACUCUUGCCGAGAUGCUGAGAUGCGCCGCACCUUCCGCCGCCUCCUCUGCUGCGCAUGCCUCCGCCGGUCCCCCCACGAGUCUGCCCACGAUGCCUCCUCUGCCCGGGGACAUGCCAGCACUCGCAUCAUGCUUCCCGAGAACGGCCACCCACUGAUGGAUUCCACCCUUUAGCUAGCCUGGACUUCAGCAGGAUGCAGCAAGCAACAAAUCCGCAGCCCUUAAUGACUCGUGGGUGCUCCUGGCUUAACCCAACCAUCGGGACUGACUGAACGGCAGGCCAGGGUCUGGCACAGCACAGCACCACUGCCAGCCCUCCCCAGGCACACCACUCUGCCCAGGGCACGGGGGUUUGGGGUCAUCUCCUACUGCCUGGGGGAGUCGGAUGGGGUGUAGGAAUCUGGCUCUUCAGUCAUCUCAGGUUUAGGGAAUUUGUAACAGUCAUUUUUCUGUUUUCACUGCGUAUCCCACUGGUAAGCCCUGUGGACUGGUUCCUGCCGUGAUGCUGAGGGUUUUAAGGUGGGGAGAGAUGAGGGCUCUCUCGGGCCAUGCUACCUGGUGUGACUGGGUAAUGAGGACAUACUGUGGACACCCCAUUUUCCUGAGGCUGAUUCUUUAGCAGCAGAGACUGAGGGGUGCAGAGUGUGAGCUCUGGGAAAGGUUUGUGGCUCCUUGCAGCCUCCAGGGGCUGGCCUGUCCCCGUUAGAAUCGAAGCAGUCCACCGGGAGGGCAGGAUACAAGGAGUAAACCUUUUCACUCUGA